GCAUAAGUAUUUGAAAAAUGCAAACCAAACAGUCUUCCAGCUCUGCACAAGAUGCAUGUCAAGUUUGGAGAUACGGUCAAAGUUAUAUCUGGACGAGACAAGGGUAAAAUCGGAGAAGUCACUAAGAUCUUUACCCACAACAGUACAAUUGUCAUCAAAGAUGUUAACCUCAAGACCAAACACAUGAAGAGCCGUGAAGAGGGAGAGCCUGGCCAAAUUCUUAAGAUCGAAGCGCCGAUCCACAGCUCAAAUGUGAUGCUGCAUUCUAAAGAAAAGGAAGUGGUAAGUCGGGUGGGUCACAAGGUCCUUGAAGAUGGACAUAAGGUAAGAUAUCUGAUCUUAACUGGGGAACUUAUCGACACCGUUGCGAAAUGGAAGCAACUUAAGGAGGCAAAGGAUAAAGAAACAACUCAAGCUGCAGUUGCCUCCGCAUCUUAGCAUCUUCCCUCUUCAUGUUUUAAAUCUCCCACAUAAACACAUUUUUGCUUCCUAAAAGUCAGCUUGGAAUGAUACUUAAACAUGUGCCUUAUUCAAAAGAUAACAAUCUUUACUAAGUAUAUAUUUUACAAAGCAACCGAAUAUGCUUAUAACAGUCAAAGUUUUACAACAAACAUUUCGACCAUGGUAAGAUGCUUUGGAUAUUCAGCUCACAUUUGGGAUCUUGUUAUAGUAUAACUGGCCUAGAACAUGGUUCCUAAGCCUUGGGAAAUCAGAUCGAUUUUAGGUUUUGGUACUUUCUUCCGCGUAGUCCGCUUCCACUUCACGUAGAAUACAAGUAGAUAGAUGAGAAAUAUGAAUGCAACCAUCAGAUACAUGAGUAAGAAUAUUGUAACGGUAUACUUCAGGAACACUGAAAUUGCAUAUGAACAGACGAGAGGCCCCGUUAUGAAGAUAUACCACCAAAUAUAUGCUCUGCCAACUGGUAAGAGUAUGAAUGUCAA